AUGUCAGUCAUUCUUGAUCGUAAGGACGCAUUUGUGCAGGAGCAACCCGCAGACCCCGAGAAAGGCAUAUCCGAGUCCAUUGCGGCAAGACAUCAUGGCUUUGCAGACCGAGUGGAUAAUCUCUCCAACGUCGAAGCCUCCACAGGGUGGUUUAUCAAGUUCACCCGCUUUGCAAGCAAAUUCCACGCUGAAGAAAGAGGCAUUGAACGUGUCGAUGAGACCGAUCGUGCGCAGCAUAACUUGCUAGAUGCCUUUGCUAUAUGGGCAUCAGCCAACAUUACCCCGGCAACAUUUGCUACUGGUGCUUUGGGAUCCGCUUUUGGCCUUGGAUUCUGGGAUUCUUUUGCUGUCAUCGUGAUAGUCAAUUUCGUCUUCUCCUGGGUGGUUGGCUUCUAUGGGUGCUUAGGUCCGAUGACUGGCUUACGGACAAUCUCUAUUGGACGUUUUUCAUUCGGCAUCUGGGGCACGCGCAUUCUUGUCAUCCUCAACCUGUGCGGAAUGGUUGGUUGGUCGUCGGUAAAUAGCAUUGCAGGGGCUCAAGUCCUAUACGAGCUUUCCAACGGACACUGCCCCCUUUGGGCUGGUAAUCUUAUCAUUGGAGUUCUCACCGCGGUUAUUUGUUUCUUUGGAUAUUUCGCUGUCCAUAUAUUUGAGAGAUUCUGCUGGAUUCCACAGGUUAUUGUGUUUAUCUUUCUCGCCGGAUAUGGCGCAUCCCACUUCGACGCAUCCGCUUCACCCAUGGGCUCUGGUUCUGCUGAAGCCGCAGGGGUCAUGUCAUUCAUUGCUGUCACGUAUGGUUUUGUUAUUGGCUGGGCUGGACUCGCUGCCGACUACAACGUCCGCAGGCCGGCCAACAUCGAUAAGAAGAAGCUCACCAUAAUCAUCUGGGCCGGCAACUUCAUAGGUACUAUCAUUCCCGAAGUGCUAGGUGCUGCGUUCAUGACUGCUGUCGCUGCGGACCCUGCAUUCGCCGCCGCCUAUAACAGUCGAGGUUAUGGCGGACUUAUGGGCGAGGCUUUGAAACCCCUCCACGGGUUUGGGAAAUUCCUCCUUGUACUCCUCGCACUCAGCAUCGUGGCCUGUAACAUGACGAACAAUUACAGUCUGGCUUUUGCCUGCCAGAACUUCCACCCACUAAUGCUAAAGGUCCCGCGAUGGGUAUGGACGGCUGUCGGGUCGAUUAUCAUUAUUGCCAUCGCCAUCGCAGGCGAAAACUCGUUUGACGAAGUUCUAGAAUCCUUUUUAUCCGUAAUUGGUUAUUAUACAACGCCGUUUGUCUGUAUCCUUCUUAUUGAGCAUUUCAUAUUCCGAAAGGGCGUGUACCCUUUGGACGACUGGAACAACAUGAAAGUCCUUCCAUAUGGUUUUGCAGGGAUUGCGUCUAUCCUAAUGGCCUUCGUAGGUGCAGUCUUAUCCAUGGAUCAAACUUGGUAUGUCGGAGUCGUCGCAAAGUCCGUCAAGCCAGACGGAGCUGAGCUUGGUUGGAUAUUCAGCGGAUCGUUUGGUGCUCUAACAUUUCUAGCCACAAGGUAUUUCGAGAAGAAAUACACCGGGAGGUGA